AUGGCGCGGCGUAGCAUGAGGUUGGUGGAGUACGGGAAGCCCUUCCAGCUAGCGGAGGAAGAGGUACCCACUCCACCGAAGGGCGGGGCUGUUGUCAAGUACUCGGUUCAUAUACUCAGUUUGAAGUUAAUCUCUGAGUUCAACAUUGAACGUGAAAAAGACGGAGGAGAAAGUGAAUCCGUGCCGGUGACAACAAAGAAGUACAGGAGCAGAUCCGGGAACUCCACCAAGCCGUGGAAUACACCAGCGAAGAACAUCCGUGAGUUCGAAGUACUUUCCGAAGACUACGCAGACAGUGACAGAACGAAGGUAUGUAACCUCAAGUGUCGCACCUCACCGGAUCGCAUUCCUUUGUGGAUAAACGCCACUAAAGCCUACUUAGACGAAGAGCUUGAAAAACAAACAGGAUACAAGUUCACCUGGAACGACAAGAACUGUCAGCUCAUUAUCACAGAUCCUGCAAAGUCCGGAGAAAGCAUCAAGGUAGUGAACAUUCACUUCUACAAGUCGGGAACAAUCCUGGUACACGGCAAGGGUUCAAAAUGGUACGCCGAGAACAUUUUCCCAAAAGUGAAAGUCACGGUUAAUAACCCAGCAAGCUCAUCCCAGAAUCAAGAUGGCGGACAAACUGCUGAUCAAUUGACAGUGAAUGAAGUCGGAACAAAAGACAACAACCCAGAGACAAUAGAGGACAUCUCAGACCAUGGCAAGUCCGCCAUGAUGGCGUCUGACACUGAACUCGACCAGACCACGCCUACUAAAUUUGGUGCCACAGACUUGACUUCAGAGAAAGAAAACAGAACGGAAUAUACUACUCCAAAGUCUGUUACAUCUCCGUUUAUCCGCAAAGUGUUCGGAGGUCUUGAAAAUAUCAUCUUGAGUCCCUUCACAAAGAUGAGAGAAUCUACCGGAAAAAGCAGAGAAGAGAAGUAACGACAGACAAACCGAUCGCGACGCGAUAUUCUUGCCGACAACUCCCUCCCCGAAAAGAGUGCUGAUUCUAAUAGCGAAACUUUGUACACUACUUUGGUGGACGAACUGAAUGAACUGAAAACUCUAGUCUUCAAUAACAAAGUAGCGAUGGAUAAGCAGGGACAGCAAGUCGCCGAUCUACAAGCUAAUCUCCAAAAUAAAACGAAGAAGAUCGAGAAACAGGCCAAGCAGAUCGAAAAUCUGAUGACCGAACUCCAACACCAGCGUGAAUUCUCUAAAGACUUAUUAGACAAACUCUCUUCGAAGUGUACAUGUGCAUGUGCUACUCGGGGAGAUGAACGGAGAAUUCAACGGCUAUAUUCAGAAAUCGUAAGCUCAGCAGCUCAGAACGACACCUAUG